AUGUUUUUGGUUAAUAUUAUGAAUUUGGUCAAUAAUAGUAUUAGUGGUUGUUAUUUAAAUUACUUAAAUAGAGUACAAAAAGAAUAUGACUACUAUAAUGCUAAUAUUAUAAAUGCAGUUAAAGAUGGCAAAUAUAAUCCAAAUGUAGUUGUUUCUCAAAUAUUAUUUAAAAGCUUUAGCAGUAGUACUCAUAUUGCAUAUAAUUAG